AUGGCGGAAUCUGUCGAUAAAGAUGCUCUGAAGCAAUUCGGUGAAGAAAUUUUGGGCAAGAUGGCAGAGAUUGUGAAGGAAAUCGGAGCUGAAAAGAAGAAAAAGGAGAGAGAGGCAGAGGAUGAGAAGCCACCGAAAGUUUCGUCGAAAGGCAUUCAGAAAAACUUGGAUUUCAAUUUCAAAAUCCGAAAUAUUUUGACGAAGGCGACAGCCAACGGAGAGUUGGAGGAGGCAGUUAAGGAAGUUCAAGACUUACUGAAGGCAAGAAACGGAGAGCUGCUGCUUCUGGAUUCCGAUCCAAGUCUUCUGCAGACGAAGGAUAAGUUAGACGCCUUGAAGGCCAUCGCUGGAGUCGAUUCUGAAAGCUCGACGACGCAAUCUGACAUGACUUCAAUCCUUCUCCUCUCUAAUCUUGCCGGCAAUAACGGAAACAGAAGUGGAGGAUUCCACGGAGAAAGCAAAAGACGUAGGGCAGAGCCGUACGCGCAGAGACAACCGUGGUUUCGACAUGAGAGCACUUUCCGAGGCCAGGGAAGUGCUCGGCAAUACGGAGGCCAGGGAUUGGAGGCAGAGGUGGAAAAGGAGGAGUCAAGUGCUUCAAGUGCUCCCAGUAUGGUCACUAUGCCACAGAAUGUGAACAAAGAAGGUAUGAGUUUUCCGGACAGACUGUCAGCAGCUAUUGAUUUUUGGAAGAAAAUCUGUGACGUAGAAUGGAUACUAAGUGUGAUUGAAGAUGGUUUUAAGAUUCAAUUAAACUCAAAUGUAGUGCUACCAAAGCCUCAGGGCUUGAGACCGUCAGUGAUACGGCACAAAGAAUUUUUGGUUGCAGAAAUUGAGAGGCUCGAGGCAGAGGGCGUUUUGACGCGAUCGGACCACCAACCACGAUGUGUGUCUCCGCUGCAUGUUGUAGAGCAAGGUAAGAAAAAGAGAAUGAUUCUCGAUUUGAGUGAGUUGAACGAGAGCCUCGUUCCUCCUCGGUUUAAGCUAGAAAACCUCAAGACUGCCUGGCCAUUUUUAGAAGACGCGCACUAUGCGGCCACAUUUGAUUUUAAAUCAGGCUAUCAUCAUAUUAAAAUACACGAAGAAUCUCAAGAUCUUUUGAGCUUUACGCUGACAAAUCCCCCUACUGCUCCUUAUUUUUCGUUUAGAGGUUUGCCGUUCGGGUUGUCGACAGCUCCUUGGCUGUUUACUAAAAUCUUCAAAGUUUUAGUUCUAAAAUGGCGGGCAGAGGGGAUAAAAAUCUUUCUAUAUCUGGAUGAUGGAUUAAUUGUGGGCAAGACGGAGAGAGAGGUCGCGAGGGCAGUGAGAAAGGUGAGAGAGGAUUUGAACAGUGCCGGAGUGUGCGUGGCAGAAGAGAAAUCGUUCUGGGUGCCAGACGCAAAGUUUACGUGGCUCGGUUAUGAGUGCGACCUGGUCGCGAGAGAGGUUCGUGGAACCGAGAAGAGAAUGGCCAAGUGGCAGGUUGCUCUUGAGGAGCUGAGGAGGAGCGCGGCUCCAACGGUCCUGGACCGUAUGAAGUUUUUGGGAUGCCUGGCAUCAUUUGAGCUUGUUGCAGGAGACGUUGGUGUUGGCAGAGCACGGUCGAUCAUGCAGACGGUUGGAGAGAGUCAGAGGAAGAAGAGUGAGCCGGCAACAGUGAAGAAGAAGAAAACUCCAGGUGAGGAGAGAGAAAUUGAGUUUUGGAGAGAGCGAGGCACAGAAUUAUUGAAGAGAAGCAUAGUGGAAAUUGAGCCAGAAUUUGAUUUAUUUUUGUACACUGAUGCUUCGGCGCGAGGAAUAGGAGCGGUGCUUAAGAAUGAGAGAGAUGAUGUUUUGUGGAAAAUGUCGGAAUUAGGCGAUAGCGACUUUGAAGGACAGUCUAGCGCUUGGAGAGAAGUGACGGCAGUGAAGAGAGCGGCAGAGGAGCUAGUUGGGAAGGUUAAUGGAAAUAUACAAGUACUUGUGGACAGUCAGGCCGCUGUGAGUGUGUUGAGAAGAGGUUCUAUGAAGCCAGAGUUGCAUAAGUUAGCUGAAAAGGUGUGGGAAGACUUGAGUAGAGUAGGAGAAAGCCAAUUUUUGUGGAUUCCAAGAGAACAGAACGUGGACGCGGACGAAGCGAGCAGAAAUUUUGAUUUUGAUGACUGGGGAGUGGCAGACAGAGUUUUCAGACAGGCGCAGAAGUUGUGGGGAGAGAUAAAAGUUGAUUGGUUCGCUGAUGCGAAUAACAGAAAGACAGAGGUAUAUUUUUCUAGAUAUCCCGAGUUCGGAACGUCUGGCGUCAACGUCUUCGACCACAUCGAGAGGGCAGAGAGGAUGGGAUGUGCUUGGUGGGUGCCACCUCCAAUGCUGAUACCGCACUUGUUGAAAAUUGGUAGAAAAAGAAGGCUGAGGGGCGUUUUAGUAGCUCCAUUGUGGCGGAGUCACGCGUCAUAUCAGGCCCUUGUUGAUCAUUCGGGAAGAUUCAUUAGAGCUAUUAAAGAUUACAUUAUUUAUCAGAAGAAUGACAACAUUUUUAUUCCGGGUGAAGGCUCCAAACAUUGUGAAGCCACAAAUUCUAAAUACUGUAGAUCUGAGUUCAUUUUAGCAGGAAAGAGAAUAUUAUGUUUUUCGUUGAAGAGCGGAGAAAAAGGACAAGGAGCCAAAAGACAGUUCGUCGAGGAACUCAAGCAGAAGGCAGGAGAAGGGUUUGAACACCACAUCGAGAGACUCAAGAGGAUUCCGUUCGAAGCCAAAGCUACGUCCACGGCUGCCGCUUACAAGGCAGAGAACGACAAGAGAACGCUCGAAGGAAGACGUUCAUUUUUCAACUACGAGCCAGGCAGCGAUGCGGUCAUCUUGAUGUGCCGAUGGAGACUUCGAACCAAAGGAAAGUGUCCAUACGUAUUUUCACACCUGGACGGUUCGAAGAAGCUCUCGAAACAAGCCAUUUCGACGCUCUCGACGAAGAUGCUGGCAGCGAUCGGGAAGCCGGGAGCGACUCAUCACUGA